AUUAAAACAUUACAUAAUAGGAGAAAAAUGGAAUUUGGACCCUUUCCGAUUUGAUUUGGAUCUCGUUGCCGAACUUCUCCUAGACCCCCUACAAUGCCAUCUUACAUCCAAACUAUUUACAAUUAGCAAACUCCUACCAAAUUCCCACCUUACCAGGUAGAUCGACACCACGCUGUAUACCCCGUGGUGAACAUUUCAAUGUCUCUCGUUUGAUUAUCCAACCAUUGAAUUCAAAGAUGGAUCUUCACGAGGCUCAAGCGUACUUUCAGUCUUCGCUUCACGAAGUAUCCCACGCCUUUCAGAAAGUCCCCGGAAGUGCCGUCUUGAUACGAUACAUCCAGUCCAGCUACCAGAAUGACCCAAUCCGAUCCGCCAUAGAACUUGUUCUUGUUAUAUUCUUCGUUCGAUAUAUCCUCUCGCCAUCCUAUCCUACCCAUGGCCCCAAUUACGUGAAGCUUCGCGAGGAUGAGAUCGACGAACUAGUCAAGGAAUGGGAGCCUGAACCACUCGUCGCUCCGCAGACCACCUUCGAGGAAACUGAAUCUGAGAGGCAGCCCAUGAUUGUCGGACCGACUGGGCCGAAGGUGAAACUAUCCAACGGAAAGACUGCCAUAAAUCUGGCCUCCUAUAACUUCUAUAACCUAAAUGCCAGCGAAUCGAUCAAGGAAAAGGCUAUCCAGACACUACGCACGUACGGAGUUGGUCCCUGUGGUCCACCACAGUUCUACGGUACCCAGGAUGUCCACAUGAACACCGAGCAUGAUAUCGCCGUCUUCCUCGGAACCCAGAACAGUAUUGUUUAUUCCCACGCCUUCUCGACUAUCUCGAGCGUCAUUCCAACUUUCUGCAAGCGAGGUGAUGUCAUCGUAGCCGAUAAGAUGGUCAACUACUCUAUUCGCAAAGGAUUAGAAGCUUCCCGGAGCAUUAUUAAAUGGUACGAACAUAAUGACAUGGAAGACCUAGAGCAAGUGAUGAAGAAAGUGGUCGAGGAGCAAGCAAAGAAGAAGAUCUUGACCAGGCGAUUCAUUGUGACAGAAGGUCUCUUCGAGAUGGUUGGCGAUUGCUCUAACCUUCCUAAGCUCGUAGAAUUGAAGGAAAAGUACAAGUUCCGUAUUGCCCUCGAUGAGACUUGGUCUUUCGGCGUACUUGGCCACAACGGGCGAGGGCUUACCGAGGCACAGAAUGUAGACUCUGAGGCUGUGGAUAUGAUCAUCGGGUCUCUGGCGGGACCCCUCUGCGCUGCCGGUGGUUUCUGUGCCGGUUCGAAGGACGUCGUAAGACAUCAACGCAUCAACGCCGCAUCCUACACCUACUCUGCCGCUUUACCUGCUAUGGCUGCCGUCACGGCUAGCGAGACUCUGAAUGUUCUGCAAUGCAACCCUGAUAUCCUGAUUCAAUGCCGAGAAAACAUCCGAGCCAUGAGGGCGCAGCUUGAUCCCCGAAGCGAUUGGGUACAAUGCACGAGCGACCCCGAAAACCCGGUUAUGCUACUUGUGUUUAAGCCCGAGGUGGUCUCAUCAAGGCGGUUAAGCAACGAAGACCAAGAGCGACUAUUCCUCGAUGUCGCGGAUGAGGCGCUUGCCAAUGGUGUACUAGUCACGCGCUUAAAGAGCGUGUUACUGAAUGGUAGCAUUGGAACCGAGGACAUCAACAUCAAGCCUGCGCUUAAGGUAUGUAUCACGUCAGGUUUGUCGAAGAAGGAGAUCGAGAAAGCCGGUGUGACGAUUCGACAUGCCAUCACAAAAAUCAUGACUCGCAAGCCAAACCGGCAGUCGACCCUAGCUGCUUAGGAAACGUUCAGCUU